AUGGCCGGAGCAGGUCUACAAUUCACUGACAAAGCGGCUCAGGCUUUGAGUGCAGCUCAAGGCCUUGCAGAACAAUACGCUCACACACAGAUACUGCCAGUACAUCUGGCAGUGUCUCUGUUCGACCCACCUCCAGACGAAUCGAAGGAUCAGCAGAAUGUUGCCAAUGCCUCCCAUAGCCAUGCUUCAGCACCUCUAUUCAAGCAGGUGGUGGAAAAAGCCCAUGGAGAUACACAAUUGCUCGAUAGAGCACUGAAGAAGCAGCUUGUGCGGCUGCCCAGUCAAGAUCCACCACCUGAACAUGUCACCAUGUCUCCCGCAUUGUCAAAGGUUAUACGGUCGGCUUCAGAGCUCCAGAAGACUCAGAAGGACAGCUAUAUUGCCGUCGAUCACCUAAUCUCAGCGAUAGUGCAGGACCCAAAGAUAGCAUCUGCUCUACAGGAAGCCAAUAUCCCGAACACAAAGCUCGUCGAUUCUGCCAUACAACAAAUCCGAGGCACAAAACGAGUCGACUCGAAGACGGCCGAUGCAGAAGAAGAAAACGAGAACCUGAAGAAGUUCACCAUCGACAUGACCGCAAUGGCAAGAGAAGGCAAAAUCGACCCUGUUAUUGGCAGAGAAGACGAGAUCAGGAGAGUCGUGCGGAUUCUGUCAAGACGAACGAAGAACAACCCAGUCCUGAUUGGUGAGCCAGGUGUGGGUAAAACUACGGUCGUGGAAGGUCUCGCUCGCCGAAUCGUUGAUGCAGAUGUGCCAGCAAACUUGGCACAAUGCAGAUUGCUGUCACUCGACGUCGGUUCUCUAGUGGCUGGCAGCAAGUACCGUGGUGAAUUUGAAGAGCGCAUGAAAGGUGUCCUGAAAGAGAUUGAAUCUUCUAAGGACAUGAUCGUCCUUUUCGUGGAUGAGAUCCACUUGCUGAUGGGUGCUGGUUCCAGUGGAGAAGGCGGUAUGGAUGCCGCUAACCUACUCAAGCCCAUGCUUGCUCGUGGUCAGCUGCACUGCAUCGGUGCCACCACUUUGGCGGAAUACCGAAAGUAUAUCGAGAAAGACGCUGCAUUCGAACGUCGUUUCCAGCAAGUCUUGGUCAAGGAACCAACUGUUGCAGAAACCAUCUCCAUCCUACGUGGACUGAAAGAACGAUACGAAGUUCACCAUGGUGUCACGAUUCUGGAUGGUGCUAUCAUUGCAGCUGCCAACCUCGCUGCUCGAUAUAUCACCCAAAGACGCCUUCCAGAUUCAGCCGUGGACUUGAUAGAUGAAGCCGCUGCUGACGUUCGGGUUAUUCGAGACUCACAACCAGAAGCUCUGGACAAUAUGGAACGAAGAUUACGACAGCUAGAUAUCGAAAUACACGCACUACAGCGAGAGAGCGACCCCGCUUCGCUUGAGCGACUAGCAACAGCCAAGAAGGAAGCUGCAGACCUCAAAGAAGAGCUUGCACCACUGAAGGAGCACUACGAAAGCGAGAAGCAACGAUCCAAAGAAGUCCAGGAGGCCAAGCAGAAACUUGACCAGCUUAGGACGAAGGCUGCAGAUGCCGAGCGUUCGGGCGAUAUCCAGACAGCUUCUGACCUGCAAUAUUAUGCCAUUCCCGAUGUGCUAAACAGGAUUGAUCAGCUCGAGAGAGAAAAGGCUGUUGCCGAAAGAGAGCAAGCAGUACGAACAGGCAACGACGACAAUCUUGUCGCUGCCACGGAUGCCGUGGGACCGGAGCAAAUUAACGCGAUCGUCGCCAAAUCGACUGGCAUUCCGGUUACUCGUCUCCGAGCAUCUGAGAAGGACAAAAUCCUGCAUAUGGAGCGCAACUUGAUGAAUGUUGUGGUUGGCCAGAAAGAGGCUGUCCAGGCUGUCUCGAACGCUAUCCGACUACAACGAUCUGGUCUGGCAAACCCCAACCAGCCUCCGAGCUUCCUGUUCUGUGGUCCUUCUGGAACAGGUAAAACGUUACUCACCAAAGCAUUGGCCGAGUUUCUGUUUGACGACCCAAAAGCCAUGAUUAGGUUCGAUAUGUCCGAAUAUCAAGAGAGACAUGCUUUGUCAAGAAUGAUUGGUGCUCCACCAGGGUAUGUCGGACAUGACGCUGGCGGCCAAUUGACGGAAGCACUUCGACGACGACCAUUCUCGAUUUUACUGUUCGACGAGAUCGAGAAAGCUGCCAAAGAAAUUCUCACUGUGAUGCUCCAGCUCAUGGACGAUGGUCGCAUCACAGAUGGCCAGGGACGAGUGAUUGACGCGAGAAACUGUAUUGUCAUCAUGACCUCAAACCUCGGCGCUGAAUACUUAUCACGAAGUAAUACAGAUGGCAAGAUUGAUUCAACUACUCGGGAACUUGUCAACAAUGCUCUGCGGAACUACUUCUUGCCAGAGUUCCUCAAUCGUAUCAGCGCCACGGUCAUCUUCAAUCGACUUGGUCGACGCGAGAUUAGGAAGAUUGUCGACCUUCGACUCAACGAGAUCCAGAAACGACUCGAGGCGAACGAUAAGAAGAUUCGAAUCAUUGCAUCAGAAGAGGUCAAGGAAUACCUCGGACAGGCCGGAUAUUCACCCGCUUAUGGUGCUCGACCACUACAACGUCUCAUCGAGAAAGAAAUCCUCAAUCGUCUUGCUGUUCUCAUUCUACGCGGAGCAAUUCAGGACGGCGAAGAUGCAUACGUCGACUUGGAAGACGGCAGGAUUGUGGUAAGGGCAAACCACAGCGAUAGCGAACUUGAGGAUGAUGAAGACAUGGUUGAUGAAGAAGAUGCCGUGUUAGAGCUAGAAGAUGGUCCAGACACCUCCAUGGACCUUUAUGAGUAG